CAAAUUGUUUUCGCAUGCUUCAUUUCAUAUCUGAUCUCCUGUCUAACCAAGCGCUCGGCCUCGACGUGAAACAGUCCCUUCUGUUUAAAAAAUGGACUUGUUAACAUACUCUGUGCUUUUGCUAAGCUUUACGGGUUUGGCUUUAGCGGAUUUAAGUAAGCAAUACGACAACAUGGAAUCGCUAAGCCCUGAGUACAAACUGUACUGGAAGGUUGAUGUCGCGAGGAAGCGGAUUUAUCUUGGAGUUGAAGCACAGACGACUGGUUGGGUUGCGCUUGGCUUCGCCAACAAGAUCGGCCAGAUGGAUGGCUACGAUGUUGGAAUGGGAUAUGUCCUGAAUGAUGCGACUGCAGAAUUGCAGGACUGUCAUACCACGGGGUACCGCACGCCACCGGUCGACACCACACAGAGUCUAGUCUUGGGCAACUUCUCCGAGGUUAAUGGUACUACUACCCUACAGUAUUUCAGGCCUUUAGAUACCAACGACCAACAGGACAUCGCAAUCAAGGAGGGUCCCAUGCACGUGGUGUGGGCGUACAGCGACGCGGACAACGUGAACCAGAAGCACACGCGCAAGGGGUACAAAACCAUCACCCUCAUGGGUGGGGUGGGGACGAUUGGUGGCCUUGGUGGAACACUGCUGCUGUUUGCUUGUUUGAGUGUUUGGCUCUCACAGUGACCCACGCCAACAGAGUCUAGUGAAUAUGAUUCCGAAAAUAAGACGGAAUAUUUGAAUUUCUUUUUUGGAUGUUUGUUAUUAGUAUACUAUCGACUCUUUUAUAAGCAGACACCUGUGGUUUCCUUAAGGUUUUCGUUUCUAAAAUUAUCCGCUUAUGUCAAGAAGAAGACCCGGCAGUAGUCUCGAUAUUUUGAAAAAGCAUAUCAUUGUAACUGCAUGUUUUUAAAACAUCGAUUCUGUUGUCUCUUUCAUAAGAAAUGUCUUAGAGGACUGUUGUAUGAAUUUAAAUAAUAAUUAAAUGGAAGACUGGU